CUCAAACAAUGGAUCAAAUUCAAGAUUAUUCUUGGGGAAGCUGACACUUGUGUUGAAUCAUCAACCUUGCAAAGGGCCGUCGUCGUCCCUUGAAGAUUGACCACAAGAAGGGGUCGUUCUUUGGGAAGCGACACUUUGCGGGAAGGAGAGGCCAUACAUAUAUAUACCAAAACAGCUGUCCCACAGCACAUGAUAAUUAUACACGAGAAGGAAGAAGUAGUACCAAAGAGGCAAAAGACAAUUUCCAAUUCAACCAGAUCAAAAGCAUGCAUCCAAUAUUAUCCCGCAAACCAACACAGGCCAACUUGACGAGUUGAUUCUUCUUCUUAUUUAUUUUCCAGUGGAGAGAAUCCUUACUUUCAUCGUCCACUACCCUCGAUUCCCUUUUAGUUUUAACCAGCUGAGAACUUUGAAAAAAUUAAUCCAUUUCAUUGUUGGUAAUUAUUCUCAUAUCAUAUCAUACGCUGUUGUAUGUGCUUUUAUUUUAGUCACCUGGGAAAAUUUGACCAACAUUAAUUUUUAUGUCUGGACAUGUUAAAUGUCGAAAUUCUACAAAAAGUUAUGUUGAGUUUUAUGUUAUCUAUCAUAUAAGAAAAUAGGGCACUCAAAUUAUAUGAAGGUAGUUGAGGGAUUGGCAAGAUUCUGAUAGGAGUUGAAUAAUCUCGGCUUCAUGCUCUUUUCGUAGACCAAUCAUUAAAACCUGGUAAGUUUACGAAAAUGUUAAGAAUGUUUUCAUAAUCAGUAUGAGGUUGGAUUUAACGAUUUUAUCUCGACAAUCUUUACCGAUUCAAAUCCAAUGUACUUGUAUAGUAAAGCUAUACUUGAACAUAUAUGGAAAUCAUUUGUUUUUUAUGUUGGAACCAUACACCGAUAUAAUAAAUGAUCAAUUCGGUACACCACAAUUCGAACGCAACAAAAUCGUGACGAUCGUGGCAUAAUUACAUCCUUUUGUCUCUACCCAUUUGCAUAUGAUUUCACAAAUUAACAUAUAUAUUAGUAUUAUGCAAAGCCAAUUGGCAAUAAUCCAAUCCCAAGUGAGAGAAGCCCCUUGAUUGAUGGCCAAGUUUUCCUAAAGAAUUCCUAACCUAAUUAAUAUUCCCUUUGCCUUUUCUCUUCUUCUCCCCCAACUAGCUUAGUGCAUCUCUAAAGAUACAUCAAUGGACAAGAAUCCUUUCCAUCAUGCCAAGGGAGGGCGGCUUCUACACGCGUCUUUCGGUCCACGUGUCAACGCCUCCAUUUUGACCCCUUUUUUUAAUUCUGGCGGGUCUGGCCCAAUGGCCGAACUUCUCGCACCCAAAAGGCCACCAAAAUCCCCCCUUCCCUUAUAAAUACCAUCGCAACAAAACCCUAUUUCCUCCCCCAAUUCCCACCACCGCCACCUGCAAAAGAACUCCGACGACUCGCUUAGCUGCAGCGGAGCUGUUUUCUUCUUCUCCGUCUUUCAUCGGAGAUCUCUACCCGAGAGAAGAAGAUUCGCAGCUUCCGCUUCCGCCAGCAAAGCCGAAGUCGUUUACGUACGAAUAAGUAAUCUGUCACCGCGAUAAAUAAAAGAGAUCUCCGAAAAUGUCUCGUUCCGUCGCUGCCGCUAAGCUUCUUCCAGUCUCCUUCUCCGUUCUCCGGAGAGGUUAUGCUGCAUCUGCUGCGGCGCCGUUGGGAGCUGCGUCGGCGGCGUUGGGCCGAGUGCCGGCGGGAAAUAUGGUGGGGAAAGCCGUGGAAGAGAGGUCGCCUGCAGCGGUGGUGAAGGAGGAUUCCGGUGCUGCCUCUGCUUGGGGACCCGACCCGGUGACCGGGUACUACAGGCCGGGUAAUUCUGCUGCGGAGAUCGAUCCGGUGGAGCUCCGGGAAAUGCUUCUCAACAACAGAGUUAGGCCCAAUUAGAUUAGGCCUGGUGGGCCUAAAAUUAUGGACCUUGGAUCUGUUUUCUAAGGGGCCCGUUGGAUCGAGGACUGCUGUUCGGCUAUUCUGCUUUGAUUGCUGGCUCUUCGUUUGACUAUGUAGUCGACAGCUGGUUUUAACUUUGGUUUUAUACUACUAAACAAAGGAAUCGUUUGAUUACUAUUAUGAUUUAGCUGCCGUCGUUUUAGAGCAAAUCGAAUUUAAUCUUUCAAAGUGAUUAGGAGACUUAAUUAUGCGUGUGAUUAAUCAGCUAAUGAUCCUUAAAUGAUGCGUGUUACUGUUAUCUAUUGGAUUCAACAAGCAAUUACACAUUUCUUUGGAAACAAGCAAAGGGCUUGGUAUUGUUUUCAUUUUCAACCCAAUAUGCGAUGCCACAGUGGCCCACUAGAUACUAUUAGCGGCUCUGGGCCUAAGGCCAUACAGCACAUUAGUUGAUGUCCAGUAUAGCUGGAAUUGAAAGACAACGAAGUCCAAUUUGUAGUAGUAGCUCAUCUAAUAUGCUCCAGACUCCAGCGUAUUGGAGUAUAAGAAAGUGAUAAAAAUACGAGACAUGAUGAAAAACCGUAAGUUUAUGACAUUGUAUCGGAGUUGGUUUGUUAUUGAGUUCAUGUGUUUAAGUUCUCGUGACCUUCAAUAUUAAUCACUGUGUUUAAAGCACAUGGUAUAGUAAACUGUAGACGUGUGUAAGAGUGUGUAAUGGUCUGGUAAGUACUGGACCGCAUCGGACAAAAUCGGUAUUUAGACCGGACCGCACCGAACCAAGUAUAGUGAGGUCUGGUUUUUGGUUUCGAUGAAUUUAAUAGUUAUCGAGGAAAAUAAGAUCAAAUUGAUUUUGGACCGGACCAAACCGGACCGAAUUUAGCGAGUGUAAUGAUGGUCUGGUCCUUGGUCCUAAGAUGUCUUUCACUAAUAUACCGUUGUUCUCAUGAGUUUGGUCCGGAUGGAACCAUUGCACACCUCUACACAUGUGCAAAUCUCACAAGUCCAUGAGUUAAGCGUAUAAAGAAGUAGUUAAGUAUCAUAUAUGGACAUUUCUCAACAAGUCGAAUCAUUAGAACCAAUUGGUUUAGAUUAGGUGCUUCAAUUUGUACUACUAAAUUUUUUUCUUAAAACCACGAAUGCUAUGAAGUGUUGUAAAAUUCAUCGAAUUCGUCGAUCUAGAGGUGGGAUUGUUGUUCUUACUUUAUAUUUCCUCACAAGUGCUGGGGGACCCUUAACUAAAAUGGCGAAAUCCAACAAUGGGGUCCUUUUAUCAUUGCGAUAGUAUCCCCAUCUCCUCAGACCAACGCCCCAGGAGCACGUGAGUGAGAGAGAGAGAGGAAGAGAACCUCAAAGAUUGGUGGGAAAAAUAGUCUUGAGAUUCAUAAUGAUCUACUAAUACCAAGAACACAGAUUGCUUGCAAUCUUGCCUUUUGGCUUCCAAAAAGAUGUUAAGAAGGAAAAGUAAGAAAAAGGGCUCCAACCAAAAGGCUUGUUUGCUUUCUCUAUUAUGCAAGUUCCCAAAAGGACCUCUAACUUUGCCUAUGAUGGUGAGAAAGGAAAGAGAUAUGGGUUGGGGAGGAAGUUGGAACAAAAGUACAUGAUGUCCCUUAAACUUAAGGGGUCCUAGUCCUACUUUCUUAUUAUGAAUGGUCUGCUUCCAAUAACCAGUGUCCCCCAAAUGCAGCCUUUCCAGUUUGUCCUCUGCCUUUUGCCCUCGUCUUCUUGUUCUUCUACUUAUUACUCCAUUUUAAUGGCCACCCAGCACCAUCACCACCUCCUUGUUUUCUUCCACUUCAUCAUUUCCUCAUACUUCGUUUUCUCGUUCAGCUCCUCCCUGACUUUCACACGAGGGUCCUUGUUUUCAUCUUUCACCCAUCCUUUUCAACUUGAUCAUGUAAAUAUACUUUGAGACCUUUCAUGACUCCCACCUUAUGUUAAAGGUUGUGCCCAAAAAAGAGGUGGUGGAUCGAUGUUAGAAACAAAGUUUCUAACGAGUU